AUGGCAGCUGUUAAUUGGGAGGUAACCUUUUUCGAAAUCACAACCACCAGAAGCGACAGGAUCACCGACACUCUCUACGCCAAUGGACGAAUGCAAGUCCCCAUCGAUGUUUCGAUCAAAGCUGUCGUCAACGAUGAGACCUAUACCCUUUCCGAGCAAGAACUUGCUUCUAUCAAGCUCGUCCGUUACGUCUCACCUGACGAAGACCUGCCCGAUGGUUGGGAUUACACCGCAUCCGAGAAUGAAUUCGACCAUGUCAUGCCAACGACCGUUACCAAUAUCAAGAACAACCGAGACUCUGACAUACCCGCCCCGGCAGAAGCUCUGCAUAUCACUCCCCGGGCGGACCAUCAGGUCAAACGCUACUGGGUCUCUACAACCCACGUAGAAAACGAGCAAAUUGCCGCGUCCAUCCUGUCUCCAUCUGGUGAAAUCAUCACCACUCAUGAAGAGGAGUCGGGGUUCGACUCCUACGUGGCAUUGACUGGAGUGGCCCCAAUAACCUACCAUAAAGACGACCUCGUGACCGACAAGUACAGUAACAAGGAUGACGUCGAGAAGCAUGAAUGGAGCUUUUCCUACGAGGGUUUACCGCUAGCCCGGGGAACGUGCUAUCAACAAAAUGUGUAUGUGUCCCUGAAAAAUGAGCGGAUGCUCAAAUCCGAGGUGACAGGAGUGAAGAGAGGCGACUCGGAGUUUUGGUUCAAUCAUGCAUAUCGUCGGCAUGUUCCAUCCUGGGUAGACCAUGGAGUGGAUAUUCACUACAUAUGGGAUACGGGUGACCCAGAGCAACAGUGGGUCGGUCAACCUCUACCAUGGGACGAAUUUGAUAUCGACACCAAAUGGGAGGUGGAGACCAACAAGAAAUCAAACAAGCUCAAUCUCGCCCGAUGUGCAAUUCGGACCGAUUUCACUAUGGUAAAGCUAUGGAAUUCGGACUACAAUUGGGACCAAGAGAACUCCAUCAUCCUGUAUGAUCGGUGUGGCAAUACGGGUCAGUUCAAGGCCAAGCCGGACAAUGACUGGGAUACAGGUGGCUCCCGUUUGGUAGAGGACUGA